AUGAUACAGUACCAGGCUUCAUGGGUAGUUCAGAAAAUUUUCAAAGCCAAGAAAUAUUAUGAAGAAGAUGGCUAUUCAGAAGAAGAUGUAAUCAGAAUGCAGCAUUUUAGAGUUAAAGAGAUGUACUUAAAGAAAAGAGGACAAUAUACCAAAGUGACAUGGAGGAGGAUUAUCUGGAAUAAUGCAGGUUUACCAAAGUGGAUCUUUGUGGGUUACUUGGCAGCUCACAGAAGACUCCAAACUAGGGAUAGACUGAAAGCUUGGGGAUGUAUUCAAGAUGAGACAUGUCCACUAUGCAAAGAUGAAGCAGAGAGCAUAGAUCACCUAUUCUUCAUGUGUCCAUUCUCAAUGAAAAUUUGGGCUGCAAUGCUCAGAUGGAUGCAGAUAAGUAGAUCAGUGAUGGACUGGAACUAUGAACUAGCAUGGGCAGAACAACAUUGUGGUGGAAAGAGUGCAAAGGCUGAGAUAUAUAGAAUGACACUGGUGGGAAGCAUAUACUACAUCUGGCAAGAGAGGAAUUCAAGAAUCUUCGAAGGUGUUGAAAGUAAUGCAGAAGCAAUCACAAGAAGCUUAGUGCAAGACAUUCAUGGCAGAGGUUCUAUGAAGAAAUGCUUGGGGAAACGACUGCAGGAAUUGAAUUCAUAUCCCAUUGUGUAG